AUGUCUUCUCGGCCUAGGAUUGGACCAACGACUUUCGAAGUCCAAACAGGAUUCCGGCGGCGAAAGGUCGGAUGGAGGUCAAGCAAGUCCCUCGGUCGUUGCCUCGCUGGCGAGGAAGUAUUUGGUCGUAUAUGGGAUCGUAAUGGGUGGGCACUUGCGAAUCUCGUUGCCGUUUACCGAAAGCUGAUUGGAAACCUUGAAGGUGCGGACUGGUUACAAGGGCCAUACGUCUAUUCCCUGUACCACGAGCAAUACGAGAUCCCUGAACGAACCGUCGCCGUAUUGUUCGUGACUGGCUUCUUAUCUGCCGGACUCGCGGCUCCAUUUGUCGGUGCCUGGGCAGACCAACACGGACGGAAACGUCUCUGUCUCGCAUUCUGCGUCACCUACACCUUGGCGUGCCUCCUUAUCACACUUCCAGCGCUCCCGAUCCUCUUCCUGGGUCGCAUCGUCGGUGGAAUAUCCACCUCCAUCCUGUUCUCCGCCUUCGAAUCGUGGCUCGUUUCAUCCGCUUCGUCCAUGAAAAUCUCAAGCGGUGACCUGUCGAGUAUCAUGGGUCGAGCGAGUUUGGUGAAUGGGUUAGUGGCGACCACCGCGGGGGUGAUUAGCCAGUGGCUGGUUGAGCGAACGUCCGCGAAGUUCGUAGCGCCGUUCCUGACCAGUGCGGGAUUGUUGGUCGUUGCUUGGGUCUUGAUUCGAGGGUUGUGGGGCGAAAACUAUGGUGGCAGUGGAACCGUUGCGGGGAGAGGAAGUGUAGAUCUGUUCCAGCUGAGGAAAUUGGGAGAGGCGUGGCAUGUCGUUCGGACAGAUCCUUUGCUAUUAACCCUAGGCCUCACGCAAACGUGUUUCGAAGGGUCGAUGUACCUCUUCGUCUUCGUCUGGGUCCCAUCGCUGCAAGAGACAACCCCCUCGUCGACCCUCCCCCUCGGACUGAUCUUUUCCUCCUUCAUGGUCUCCAUGAUGUUAGGCUCACUUCUCUACACCGCCAUCGUAUCCUUUUCCUCCCGUUCGAAAACCGAUCCGACUUCCACACCGGGGUCAGACUCGUCCCUGGGGGUGCACGCCAAACUCAGCAGCCUCGUCUGUGCCUUUGGGGCUCUGGCGUUGGCUAUGAGCGUAUCUUCUCGGGCGGAACACAUCCGAUUCUGGGCGUUCUGCCUUUUCGAGGCGUGUGUGGGGAUGUACUACCCGGUCCAAGGGAUGCUCCGCGGGUCCUUCAUUUCCAAUGACCAUCGAGCUACGGUGUCCUCUCUUUUCCGAAUACCGCUGAACAUCUUCGUCGUUGUUUCUCUUUUGAGUGGUGUUUCGUCGGCGAGGAGGGCAGUGAUGACUGCAAUAGAUCUGAGGGGAGUACGGGCGCGGGAAUGGGAGUGGGAAGGAGGGGGAGUUGAGCGUGAUUUGGAGACCAUAUUCUAG